AUGGGGUCAAGAAAAGAAAAGAUUAUAUUGGUCACGGGAGGGACUGGUUUAGUCGGACAGGCUAUAAAAACUAUAGUAGAAGAAGAAAGAAAACUGGGAUCUCAGGAAGUUCAAAAUGAAACAUGGAUUUUCUGUGGCUCAAGUACCAUUGAUCUUAGAAAGAAAGAUGAAACAGAUGCUUUCUUUGAAAAAGAAAAACCUACACAUGUAAUCCAUUUAGCUGCAAUGGUUGGAGGUCUAUUUCACAAUAUGGCUCACAAUCUGGAUUUUUUUAGAGAUAACAUGAGUAUAAACGACAAUGUUCUUCAUGCUAGCUUCAAAUAUAAAGUUAAAAAAGUGGUUUCAUGCCUGUCCACAUGUAUAUUCCCUGAUAAAAUCACAUAUCCUAUUGAUGAAACUAUGGUACAUAAUGGCCCACCACAUACCUCCAAUUAUGGCUACAGUUAUGCUAAAAGGAUGAUUGAUGUUUUGAACAGAGGUUACCACGAUCAGCAUGGCUGUAUGUUCACAUCAGUGAUUCCGUGUAAUAUAUUUGGUCCAAAUGACAAUUUUUCGCUUACAUCAAGUCAUGUUAUACCCGCGCUUAUACGAAGAAUGGACGAUGCUAUGACAAAUGGUGACAAAACAUUCUCAGUAUGGGGAAGCGGGGCUCCAUUACGUCAAUUUAUUUAUUCAUUGGAUAUCGCAAAGUUGUUUGUGUGGACUUUGAGACAUUACCAAAGUAUUGAACCACUCAUUUUAUCAGUGGAUGAAGUCGACGAAGUUUCUAUUAGCAAAGCAGCCGAAGCUAUUAAGAAAGCUCACGGUUUUACCGGUGAAAUUAUAUAUGAUACUAGCAAAGCGGAUGGGCAGUUUAAAAAGACUGCGUCUAAUAGGAAAUUGAGGUCAUUGUAUCAGGAAUUCAGCUUUACCCCAUUUGAACAAGCCAUUCAGGAGACAGUCACCUGGUUUAAAAAUAAUAGGGAAAGUGCUAGGUUAUAA